CAAACACUUCGGGAUCAUAUGACACUGAUUGAACAUGGCUUCAGUUCAGUGGCACUCUCGGACACGUAAAUAUGAGAGUGAGUUGCAUAUGUGUCGUUUGGAGGUUUUAGCAGUGCAGUUCAGUGAAUAUCAUCCACUCAAAGCAAUCACGGUUACAGAUUCUAAAUCUCGCCGUGGUGGGCGGAAAGGCAGCACUUCCUCCUCAUCUUCCUCCUCUAGUUCUGUGGCUCCGGAUCCACUCAGCUCAAUGUUGGAUGGAACCGACCCACUGUCUCUCUUCGCUGUGGUGUCUGAAACACCAACUCUCCCACACAGCAUCUCUGCUGGGGAGCUGGGACGGAAACGUAAGGAGAAAGAGGAGGAAGUGGGCUCAGACUUUGAGCUGUGGUCAUCUAAACGUGGAGAGAUCCUGUCUAGGUUCACCACCACAGAGAAACUGUCUAUAAAUCUCUUCAUGGGCUCAGACAAGAGUAAAGCAUCCAGUCCCAGCUCAGCGGUGUCAGAGAAGGUGCGCACUCGUCUGGAGGAACUGGAUGACCUGGAGGAGGGCUCCCAGAGGGAGCUCUUGAACCUGUCCCAGAAGGACUAUGUCAACCGCAUUGAAGAGCUCAACCAGUCUCUGAAGGAAGCCUGGGGUUCAGACCAGAAAGUCAAAGCCCUAAAAAUCGUCAUCCAGUGCUCCAAGCUGCUCUCUGAUACGUCAGUAAUUCAGUUCUACCCCAGCAAGUUUGUUCUCAUCACAGAUAUCCUGGACACAUUCGGUGGCCUGGUGUAUGACAGGAUCUGGUCCAUGUGUGCUGACCCUCAUCCUCUACCAGAAUCGUUCUCCGCUGAUGAUGUGAAUGACACAGCCAAAGAGACGUGCCUCAACUGGUUCUUUAAAAUCGCCUCCAUCAGAGAGCUUGUCCCUCGAUUAUAUGUUGAAGCUGCUCUUCUGAAAUGCAACCGCUUCUUGACAAAGUCUGGGAUUCAGGAGACGCUGCAGAGACUGACAGCGAUGAUCAGAGGAAUAGGAGAUCCACUGGUGGCUGUAUACGCACGCGCGUAUUUAUGCAGGGUGGGGAUGAAGGUGGCUCCGCAUCUGAAGGACAGUCUCAAUAAGAAUUUCUUCGACCUGCUGGCCUCAUUCCGUCAGGUUCACGGUGAAAGUGUGCAGAAUCAGCUGGUGCUGCAGCGGGUGGAGAUCCCCAUCUAUCUGACCCUCUAUUCUCCUGCCAUACACUGGAUCCUGCAGUGUGUGGCAUACAGAGCGCCAGAGGUUCUGCUUACAGAGAUGAUGGACAGAUGCAAGAAGCUGGGCAACAAUGCUCUCCUGCUGAACUCUGUCAUGUGGGCAUUCCGGGCAGAAUUUGUCGCAACGAGAGCAACAGACUUUAUUAGCAUGAUCAAAGACUGUGAUGAAGCUGGAUUUCCCAAGCACCUGUUGUUUGCGUCUCUGGGUCACAGUCUGUCCGUUGCUGACCCUCCAGAGAGUGAGAGACUCUCCAUACUCAACGAAGCUUGGAAGGUCAUCACUAAAGUGCGCAGUCCAAGGGAUUACAUCAACUGUGCUGAGAUCUGGGUGGAGUUUACCUGCCGUCACUUCACAAAACGGGAGGUGAAUACGGUUCUUGCUGACAUCAUCAAACACAUAACUCCAGACAGAGCUUUUGAGGAUGCAUAUCCACAGCUGCAGUCAGUGAUAAAGAAGAUCCUCACCUACUUCCAUGACUUCUCUGUGCUCUUCUUAAUGGAGAAGUUCUUGCCCUUUCUGGACAUGUUCCAGAAAGACAGUGUGAGGGUGGAGGUGUGUAAAUCCAUAAUGGAGGUCUUCAUCAAACACCAGCAGGAACCAACGAGAGAUCCAGUCAUCCUCAACCCACUGCUGCACAUCUGUAAGACCAUGCAUGACUCUGUCAAUGCUCUAACACUAGAUGAUGAGAAAAGAGCUCUGUCUCUGCUGAUCAAUGGAUUUAUUCGUAUGGUGUCAUUUGGGAGGGACUUUGAGCAGCAGUUGAGUUUCUGUGUGGAAGCCAGGGCAACUUUCUGUAAUCUGGAGCCCAUCAUCAUUCACCUGAUUCAUACGGUGAAUCAGUUAGCCAUGGAGACCAGACGUGUAAUGAAAGGCAAUCACUCACGUAAAACAGCUGCUUUUGUCAGGGCAUGUGCUACCUACGGUUUCAUCACCAUUCCGUCCCUCACCAGUAUCUUCAGCCGUCUCAACCUCUAUCUGCUCUCUGGACAGGUAGCACUGGCCAACCAGUGUCUGUCCCAAGCGGAUGCAUUUCUGAAGGCAGCAGUCAGUCUUUUGCCAGAAGUCCCGCGAACCAUCAGCAUUGAGGGUAAACAGCGAUCGUCUGAGCCCUUCCUCCUCGACUUCAUUAACAACUUCCUCUCCACACUGCUCGUAGUGCCGGAUCAUCCGGAGCAGGGUGUGCUGUAUCUGGUGCGAGGGCUGUUGAAUAUGGUGCAGGACUACACCUGGGAGGACAACAGUGACGCUAAGAUCCGCGUCUACAUCAGCGCUUUACCAUUACUAGCAGCAAUGAGCCAAGAAAGCUAUCUUUACACCAUUCCUAAAGUGGAUUCCAACGAAACCCUCUAUGGAGGAGAUCCCAAGUUCAUCGCAGAGAUCAACAAGUUGUGUGAGACACUGAUCAGUCAGGUUCUGGAUCAUUUAAAGGAGCUGGGCCAAGAUGAGGGAGUGCGCAGACAGGGCAGUCUGGCUUUCUCUCUGUCUGGCUGUCUGUUGGCUCAUGGUGAUCUACGCAACAACAAACUCAAUCAGCUGGUUGUCAACCUGUGGAACCUGUGGAACCUGAGUCACAAACGCGGCUUUUGUGACACGCGCACAUCGGUUCGGACUCUGGAGUACAUCAAACAUCAGGCGCAGCAGGCAGACAUGAGCCAUCUCUCUGACGUGACGGCACGUCUGUCUCUGCAGUCCAGAGCCUGAUGCACUGAUGGAGACAUUCCAGUGACAGACAGCCAGAAACCCUGAGAUGGUUUGACAUUCAUAUAUUUCAAGUGUUCUUCAAAUGAUUACUGAAACUAACCUGUAGUUUCCUAUUGGCUCAAACUUCUACAGUCUAGUCCCAAAUCUAGCCAUGAUCUAUUAAUAUUUCUAAAUAUUAUUUGAUUGUCUAUAAUGUCAGUUUGCACUUGUUUUUGUACAGUUUAUGUGCCUAACCAGGUAUUAUGUAAUAAAGUGCUUUAAAUCAUGACAUCUUGUGGAUUUUGUUCGAGGAGAAAAAAUGAUUUUCUAUGGAUCUGAACUGCAUGUUAUAGGAAAAACGUUCCUGUGAUUUGUCUUGAUAGAAGCUGCUUAAGCUCCAUCAGCUCAAUAGGUCUUGCUGUAUAUAUCACAGUGUUAUUUUAGUAUCAGUGAA